CCUAUAUUCGAUCCAGAGCACAACGAGCAGCAAUUCCAAGUGGUUCCUGCGCCGCUAAACACACCACUGGAGUCUAUCUGCGGCUUACCUGACGAGGAGGUUGGCCAGACUUGCCGCCACGAACUAUGGCUCGCUCUUGACUUGGACGCCGAUGCUUGGUCAUCCUACGAUAAAUUCACGCUCAGGAUCUCUUGGCCAGCUUCUUCUCCAGCCGAUUUCUCAAUCCAAACACUCACUCCAAGGGCCACAACAUCCCAUCUUGACAAAACCGCGUCAGUUGAAGCAUCGCACGAUAUCGACAAUUCCACGACAACGCGGCGUCAGUAUGCCCGUAUACGUCUCGUCGAGACCGGUGUGCGGACACCGUCCUUACACCCUUCACAUCCCGCCACAACGUCAGUCCCAGCAGCGGUGCCAUUCGUGGUGACUCUUGAGCCAUUGUAUCUUGGUGUGCUGCCGGCAUCCGUUGCUCCUGUGCUCGCUUUCAUUGUGCCUCUCAUCUUCAUAGCCAGUAUGCUGGUAUCCCCGAUUCACCUGUUCCUGCAGCGUCUCGCCACCCAAGCGAGGAAAGAAGUA